CCGCACGCGCCGGCCUUGUUGUACAUGUACGUACGUACGUUCUACGUGAUGUGCAGACGCCAGAGAUUUUUGGUGAGAAGUUUUACACGUGACAGUGUCACAGUGUAGGCCAAGCAUUUGUUGUGGAAAUUCGCGAAAACAUUGUCACUCAAAAGGGACCAUCAUUGCUAUUCAGGAACAACUUUAAGCUCAAGGCCUACCACAAGCUUACAAAGAAAGUGUUUGCUUCGGUAAAAAAAAUUGAAGUUCAGAAAAGGUUGAACCCAAGGAGAACACAGCAACAAGAUGCCGGUGAUUGUUGAGCUAGCAGAUGACCCCAUAGCGACAAAAGACGACCCGAGGUCAGAGGUUGCAACCCAGGAGGAGCCGCCGCCCCUGGGUGAUCAUCCACUCAAUCAGCCUGCCGAUGUUUCCCCGCAGAAGAAAUGGAUGACAAAUGAGCCCGUCUUCAUCACGGAGAGCACGGAAGAUGAUUCAAAGGAUGCGGGCGAUGCCACAAAGCCACAGCCUCCGGAUGCUGAGACGGAUCGUAAGGAGAAAGUGAAGGAGGUGGAGAUGGAAGGAAACGAACAGAAGAAAGAGGAAAACGAGUAUCCACGAAUUACAGAGAAAUCUCUCAAAGACCACUGUAAACAACAUAAACUAUACCGAACUCCAGAACUAAAUGACGUCCUCUACUUGCAUUAUAAAGGAUACCACAAGAUUGAGAACUUGGACAAGUACACGGGCUUGAGGGCGCUCUACCUGGAGUGCAACGGAAUCCGCCUCAUCGAGAACCUGGACAACCAGACGGAGAUGCGCUGUUUGUACCUCCAGCAGAACCUGAUCAAGUCCAUCCAGAACCUGGAGCCUAUGCAGAAACUCGACACCUUGAAUUUGAGUAACAACCAAAUAGACCGACUUCAGAACCUUGCUUGCCUCCCAAAGCUGAACACUCUGAACAUCGCUCACAAUCGGCUCACCACCGCCGACGAUAUCAGGGAAUUGGCCGAGUGCCAUAACUUGAGCGUCGUGGACUUGUCUCACAAUCGACUCAACGACCCCAAGAUAGUGGAUGUCUUUGCAGCGAUGAAGACCUGUCGGGUGUUGAACCUAAUGGGGAAUCCAGUGGUAAAGACGAUCCAGAACUAUCGGAAGACGCUCAUCCUAAAACUGACUAACUUGACGUACCUGGACGAUAGACCGGUUUUUCCAAGGGAAAGAGCGUGCACCGAAGCCUGGUUCCGAGGCGGCCGGGAAGCAGAGAAGGAGGAACGAGAACGCUGGAUUAACAAAGAGAGAGCGAGAAUCCAGGCCAGCGUAGACGCACUGACUCAAAUCCGCAAGCGUGCUCAAGCCUCCCGCGCAGAGAAAGAAGAAGCCGAAAAGAACAGAGGCAUGACCCCAGAACCAGUCACUACGCCCCCCGCAGACGAACACCUCUUCACGUUUGAUGUCAACAAGGGGCCCCCCACUGGUCAGCAGGCAAAGACGGGAAUGCUGAUUGAGGAGUUGUCAUCAAGAGGGAAUAGUUACAGAGAUCAACAGACAAGCUCUGGCUUCAGCACAGAGUUGGUGAGUGAGGAAGACGUGGAGACCAUAGAUCUGCCCAAGGAAGAGAAAAUCAACAUCGAUGAUCUGCCUGAUCUUGAGGAUUUUGAUACGACAGACGACACCAUCCAAACAGCUCCGAGGAAAAUGCUCAUUGAGGAAAUUUCAUCCGAUGAAUCGACCAAUGGCACUGCUCUGAUUUCCGAAAUUGGGCAAUCACACGGUGAUUCUAAAAACACCAGCCAAUCAGACUCUGCACUGCUCCAGUGUGAAGAGCCCGAUGACCAAUCACAUCCCUUGGUUGAAAAACUUGGCCAAUCAGGGCACAAGUCCAGCCCCCUCAUUCUUGAAAUCAACCAAUCAGAAACAGCCCCACCCGGAAUGGACCAAUCAGAGGGUGGAGAUUCAUCAACAUCAUCCAGAAGAGCCAAUCAGGGCUCACUGAUCGAGGAACUAAAGGAGUAUGGGGCUCGCAUUCCCAACAGUUGGCACGUUCUUGACAAUGAGACGGCAAAGAGUGAACAAGAACAUGACAAACCCGAAGGCGGUUCUACAGGGAACAAGACAGGAGAGAAAUCCCUCGAGGAGAAGAUCUGGGAUCUGGCUGCCAAUGCGGGAUCGACGGUAGGCAGGCCGGACCCGACGCUGCCAUAAGUUGCCACGGUUACCGAUUACAUCACCGGAAAAGACCCAAUUACCCUUAACAUUACCAAGGGACUGAAGGUAUUGUAUUCAUUGUCAAGGUCAUGUGUCUCGCCCCAGUUGCAAAAGACAGAUCAGAAGUUGAGAUAUGAACUAACAAGACAGUUCCCGUGGAAUGCUGUAACUUGCCGUAUCUAUGCUCCAGAAACUUGAUACCUCAGUUAGUGAUGCGGGAGAUAUCCACGACACGUCACUUUGUGGUGCAGCCGACGAACUGUCCUGAUUUGUACACAGCAGAACGGCUGACAACUAACAGCAUAGUUAACGGUAGAAUACAGCAUCGGUAAUCCACAGGCCUUGGACUCCAAUCCUGUUUCCAAUUACCCAUGUUUUGGACGAGUCUGAAUUCCCAGUUGGCCUGGCUAUUGGCAAUUCUUGUUUGUUGUAUCUCAGUUUGUGCGUUAUAUUCGUCUCAAAAAGUUGCAUUUCUGUUCCCACUGUAACAUUCCUGUCUGGAACGAGUAGUGUUCUUUGGUAGACUUCUGAGAUGGUCCCCUACAUGUUACUCACUUGAGUUUCAUGAUGAAUUAUACUUGUACAAUACUGUACUCAUUGAAAUGUGUGUUUUUGCUGUUAUUUUUCCAAAGUAGCCAAUUUGGAGGUUUGGUUUCAUUUUUUGAGUUUCCUACUUUUAGAAAUAUCAAGUGAAAAACUGUUCAGUUUUGAACACUCAAAGCAAAGCCCUUGCAAUUUGUCCUGCCAAGAAUCCAUGCACCACAGGAUGUUCCCAAGUGCCUGAAUCAUGCACAGGUGAGGUUGAUCUGCAGAUCAAAGAUUUCCCCCCAGAAGUGUCUUUUUUUUAACUGCUUUGAGUUGGGGACAAUUUUAUUUGUUCAGAAAUUUUCCAUCACACAGGCCCCCAAGUCAAUCUUCCUUGAAAAGUAAUCUCGUUAGCAUCAGGAAUUUUUCAACAAAUCCACGAUGCAUAUUGUGCACGUACCACACACAACAGCUUUAUUAUUGACACCGACAUCAAGGGUAUCCACACGGCACGUUCGAUUACUUUCCUGGCGCUUACCCGUGGUGUUGUUGCAGAUUUCGAUGGGCAUACGCCAUCUGUGUUUUAACAAUGUAUGAUCUCAGGUUGCCCGAGCACCCAGCCCUCGCAGCGCAAGAAGUCAUGCGAGUGUCAGAUUCAAUGCAGUUGCGCUUGCACGAGUAAGCACGCGGGAAGUGAUCGAACGGGCUGAAAAUGAAUCGACACCAAUCGACUUUGUUUCACGUUUUUCAACUCUUUUAAUUGAUCCCUUAGGUGCAUUUCCAAGAUGUGUUACAUUCCAUAGAGUUCAGUGCGGACACAACUUGGACGAAUACGUUUAAUGUCUGUCUGCAUAUAUUUUUCAUUUUGAUACUUACUCUGACCAUGGUCAAUUUAAACUUGGCCUCAAAGGAGAGUUGGUUUACCGCUCGCUGAAACAUGCUUGUUGGUCCAGUUUUGCUAAUCAUGUAAAUCCGUCCAUUCCUUUCUAAUUCCUUGGAUCUUUUUUUUUAACCAACACGAUAUGAGACCAAGACUCUUGAAUCCUCAAAAUAAAUAGGGGUUUGUUUGUGCCUCUGCUUUCAAGGGGCAUUAGUCACCAUUUUAAAAACAAUAUGUCUUUUUCAAUUUUGUGUAACGAGGCAGCUUGACUCUUAAAUACGAGAUUGACGAAAGCAUUCCCUGCCUCGGUAGCUGCAAUUUCUUCAAAUCGGGAACAGUAUCACAACUUUCCGCAACAAGAAAGUCAAACUUAAAAUAACAUUUUGUGCUUUCUACCACCCAUCUUAGAACACUCUGAACAGUUGAUAUUAAAAUUUAUAGUACAAUAAAACGAUUGUCACUGUAAGCAUUGUAUUUUCCUCCUGACGUAUCUGACAUUUCAAAAUGACAGUGGAACUAUUCCCUUGUUUUGGAAGGGGCAGCCUUCAUUUCAGGAUUUUUUACAAGAAUUUAUAAAGAAGUAAAAAUGAUUGUCAUUUGAAGCAAUAAAUAUAACCAUCAAAGCACAAAAAAUGGGAGCAUUGUUGAAAUUUGUCACAUCAGGUGUCUCAACAGGUUUCAUAGGCAUAUUUUGGUUUUGUUUGUCAGGUAUUCGGAAAGAUUUCAAAGGGUAAAGAUUGAGUUUUUGUGCCUGGCGCAAAAGUGAACAGGAAUGGAAAACAGUGACGUCGGAUCAAAAGUUGGAUUCGCAAAAGUUAAACACACUUCAACUUAAGCAAAUCUUAACGCAAAUGUUUCUUAACGUCAAAUUCACUUCACUUCGCUUUCAUCUCAACGUCGAUGGCCUCCUCCAAAAUUUGUAGAUGACUGACCAUCCCAUUGCCAAUGGAUUUUGACUGAAAUUCACAGACAAAAACACGUCUGACAUGUCAUCCAAUUUAGCAAAAGCCCAGAUUGAUAUUCAAACAUACCCCGAGCAAAACAUGUAAACUAGAUAAGUUUGUGGGAGCACCAUGGAUAUAUCUCUUUGAGUAUGUGGGGUUCUGAAAAGAACCGUGGCCCUCAACGUUUCAGACAGUAUGCUCUGUCCGUCGUCAGGAGACUGCAGAGGGUCCAGUGAUGAGGCAGCUCAUGUGGUGUGUAGAGGACAGUGAGGUGUGAAGAGGCUAACUCUGGAUCCAACCGGUGGCUCGGGUCAUCUCCAAGCCACCGGUCUCCUGACGACGGACAGAGCAUACUGUCCAAAAUGUUGAGUGCCACCGG